GACCAGCAGUAGACCAGCGAGGGCAGCGAGGACGGCUGUUAUCAGCAUUAUCAGCCGCGUUGUCUCCUGUCAAAAAAAAAAAAUGAUGUCGGAAACGUCAGAGGUGGAGAACCCGGGAGGCGAGAAGGGCGCCGAGGACUCGGCGAUCCUGGAGGUGAGCUCCAUGGCGGUGGGCGGGAUCGUGAAGCAGGAGAGCCGCGACGUCGACUACCUGUCCAACUGCAGCACCUCCAUCGAGGGAUCCGUGGUCGCGUCUCCUUCCAUCGACAGCUUCUCCACUCUGCCGGAUCAGGAGAUAUCGGACUUCCAGACGGACUCGCGAGACCUGCAAGUGAAAGUGGACAAUCCACAGAAGCAUCUGGAAACUCUGGAGACAUAUAUCACAUUCCGUAUAACGACUAGGACUACACGUCCGGAGUUUGAGGAAGGAGAGUACGUAGUUCGCAGGCGAUACAAUGACUUUAUUUGGCUGCGCCAGAAAUUAGUGGAUGUCUAUCCGACACAUAUUAUACCGCCGAUGCCGGGCAAGCAUACGCUGCUCGCCCAACUGGAUCGUUAUUCCAAGGAAUUUAUCAUAGCGCGUAUGAAACUUUUACAUAUAUUCCUGAACAGAAUAGUGAACCAUCCCAUUCUCAGCUGUGACAAGAAUCUCUAUAUUUUUCUCACGACAAAACCUUCAGAAUUUCUUGUUCAUCGCAAAAAUCGCGGGAACGUGCUCGGAAAAGUGACCGACUCCUUGCAAAACAUAGCGAGCACUUAUACGAUGAAACAGCGUCACUUGGAGUUCGAACAGAUACGGGACUAUUGUACAGCGUUGGGUGAAAAGUUGUCGGCUAUAGAUAAGAUCAAUCAUCGCAUACAUAAAGAAAGGCAAGAUUAUUUAUUGGAGCUUCAUCAACUGCAUCCCAUAUUCACGCUGUGGGCAACCUCGGAACCGGAACUCGCCCCCAUUUUAUUGGCGAUCGCUAAAGCGGUAGAAACGAACACAAUGGCUCAUCAGAAACUUCUGGAGGACGUUCCUAACGAUGAACGCGAGUACGUUUCAUAUGUCGAAGCGGUCAAGAGCGCAUUGUCCCGGCGCGACUCGAUGCAGAUCGAAUACGAGAUAACAGUCGACGUAUUAGCGAAGAGAAGAAUAGAAAAGGAUCAGCUGGUAGGAAAUACGAGUUAUAUGAUUCCUGCGCAAGGCUGGGGCGGAUCUCUAUGGAAAGCGGAAUCUCGCGACGAGAAAUUGGAGAGGCUCGGCCAGACCAUCCCGCGAUUGGCUAAACAAGCGGAGAUACUGCAGGAUCGCGUGGAGUGCGCGAACGAGAGUCUGCGAAGCGAUUUUCAGAGGUGGAACGUGGAGAAGCAGCAGGAUCUGAAGAACAUGCUGAUUGCGAUGGCGGACCGACAUAUCAGACACUAUCAGCAAUGCAUGAACGCGUGGGAGGAUAUUCUCACCGGCCUCAAGUUGGACGGAAUGGGAUCUGACGUAAACGUAGGGCCGCCUGUCAAAAUACCCGUUUGAACCGCUAGUCUUUUCGUCACUCAGAAGGAUAUAGAAUAAAUAUUCGUUAACACGAGAAUAUUACACCAGUUUAAAAAAUUCUAUUAAAUAAUGACACAAAGUUUAUUACAAUCUAAAAAAAAAACAAUCUAUCAUCAGCUUCGGUAUCAUUGCUUUUGAAAUUGAAUCUCGUCGUUUUGAAAUAAUCUCGAAAGAAGAUUAUGCAAUAUUUGCGAAUCGCAAACGGCCGCAUUUAAUGACGACGAAAGCUGCAUUUAAUGUACAAUGUAAUACGCUAAUAUCAAAAUUCUAUUCGGAGAAUUCGCCUUUAUGAUACAAUAACAUUGUGAUAACGUGAAAAAUUAAGUAUAACGCAUUUGAUCCUACAUGCAUGUAGGACAAGUUUCGUGUAUAUUAUGUACAAGAAAAAAUUUUCCGACGUUCUUUCUUUAGAGGUUUAGAUCAUCGAUUAAUUUUUGGGACCAAAGUAUAUCGAGGCAGUUGUCGGUAUUCCCUUCACUCUCUCUCCCUCUCUCUUUCUUACUUUGAAUCACGUUACGAUACAUUUAUUGACAAUCAGUUUAGUCAUCUAUAUCUACUAGUUACCAAAGUACAGUAGUUACCAUGAUAGCGUAGAUAGCGUCAAUGUAUAGUAUACAGCACUGGUAAAUUUUACAAAUCGGAGCAAAACGCUUGCGAGAGCUUCGUUGUAUCGUUAAUUAGUACCUUUAAUCUAUGCCUCUAAGUUAUGAACAAAUCGCACCGCACAGAGACGAUUCCGCUUAGUAUUGUGGCAAAGAAAAAAAAAAAGACGGAACGAGAGUCCUAUAUGGCUUAUACAUUCCUCUGCGUAUCCGUUAUUUAUGCUCGAAAGGGAAGAUACUCUUUGCUGCUAACAGUAUUGUUAACAAUGCGGAGUACAUUUCUAUACAUUUAUGCGCCGCGACUCGGCGAGUUAGCAAACAUGGCGGAGUUUGUAUCAAUAAAUAAAUUAUUGUUUGCAAUUA